AUGAUCAUGUUGCCGUCGGUCGCCUCAUCCCUUUGUAGAAAACUUGGGAUACAUUACUCUCAAUUUAAAAGUUAUAAUCUGGCGAAUAUUAGAGCUUAUUACAUUUUACGUAGCGAGAGAAAUAUCGUAAGGUAUCCAAAUACGAAAUUAUAUAGGUGUCUACAUACAUCUUCAUAUUGUUAUGAUAAAAAUACAAAAAAUGUGGCCUCCAUUGCUGUUGGUGAAGAUAAAGAUAAAAAUAUAGCAAAACAGAAGACUUUGGAAAACAUUAUUGUUAAAACGGAGACAGACGCCAAUAAUUCAGUCACGAAAGUAACUAUAGAAAAAUCAAAACAGGAAUCAGAUACAAAACAGACCGUUAUUCCUCCAAAAAAGAAAAGACUCCUUAUUGAUUUUUCGGCAUCAUAUACUGAACGAAACUUUAUAACUCCGAUGAGAGCCAUGACAGAGUAUUUAUUAAAACAAACUGAUUUAGAGACAUUGCCAAAAGUUUUAAGACGAUCGCCUUACGAGUCCGAACCACCAAUUACUGUUUAUUAUAGAAAGGAUGUUGAAGCUAAAGCUAUUGAGGUAUGGGGCUCAAAAGAAUCAUUGGAUAAAGAGCUUCUCAGAAGAGAAUUGGACCGACGAAGAUAUGAACAAGAUGUAUUCACUGUAAAAAGAAGACUCAGGAAUUACAGAAGAGAAAUGGGUCACAAACGUUUAAAACAGGGUGUCGAAGAGAUGGGAUUAAAAACAGUUUCUGGUAGAGUUGUAUUAACAGCUAUUGGAAUUAAUGGCUGUAACUUCCUGUUCAAACUCUGUGCUUGGCUGUAUACAGGAUCCCAUAGCCUUUUCUCUGAAUGCAUACACUCUUUAGCCGAUACUGUAAAUCAACUGAUUCUUGCUUAUGGAAUACAUAAGUCUGUACAAAUAGCCGAUCCUGACCAUCCCUAUGGUUAUACCAACAUGAGGUAUGUUUCUUCAUUAAUAUCUGGCGUUGGUAUAUUCUGUGUUGGAUGCGGCCUCUCAUUCUAUCACGGAGUAACCGGUAUACUUGAUCCACAGCCCCUACAUGACUUCUAUUGGGCGUACUUCGUGCUCGGUGGAGCUGUUGUGUCUGAAGGUGCGACACUUAUGGUGGCUUUGAAUGCGAUUCGAAAAGGAGCUAAAGAAGCUCAUAUGAGUUUGUACGAAUAUGUGAUGCGAAGUUCAGAUCCUUCAGUGAAUGUGGUACUUUUCGAGGACACAGCGGCGGUUGCGGGCGUGGUUGUCGCUGGUACUUGUAUGGCCAUCGCACAAUAUACAGGCAGCCCGCUGCCGGACGCUAUCGGCUGUAUAUUAGUGGGAACACUGCUUGGUGGAGUCGCUUCUUUCAUUAUACUGAGCAACGUUGGAGCUCUGGUCGGCAGAUCAAUCCCACAAGAGCAGUUAGAUGAAAUCAAUAGUGUUCUUGAAAGAGAUUUCAUGAUAAGAGCCAUUCAUGAUGUUAAGGGUAUAGAUAUAGGAAGUAAUCUUAUUAGAUAUAAGGCUGAAGUAGAUUUUGAUGGUAGAGCACUCACCAGAUCCUAUUUGGAGAAGCACGACUUGAAUGUAUUAUUAGAGGAUAUAAAGAAAAUAGAAACGAUAGAUCAUGUGGAAGCAUUCCUCCUGAAACAUGGAGAAAACAUAGUUGACAUGCUCGGAGGUGAAAUUGAUAGGAUAGAAUUAAAAUUACGGGUAAGAAUUAUAGUUUAG